UCUGACUUUGUCAUUGCCAGGGUAAUCUUUCAGCCACUGACAUUUGAAGUACUCGACGAAGUUGGGUCUACCCCGAAAUACUUUUAAUACUCCGAGUUUGAAAUCGUAAUCAUGGUGAGGAUUCCGUUUGGCAAGAAGCACGCUGAGCAAGCUACUCGAUGGGUAUCGUCCGGAGCUGGCUUCGGCGGAGCAGCUGGUUUGGCCCUUCUCUACUUCACAGAUUGGAAGGUCGUUCUCCAAUAUGUUCCCUUCUAUGGCAGUAAAUUCGAGAAAUCAGAAUAAAGUGGUAUCUGCAUUAUAUUCUGUAAUCUAUUUAAAAUAGAAUAUUAGGUAUUUCGAAAAA